UGCGGAUUCAAAACAAGGCUUAGGCGAACGGCGGACGGAGGCGCAGAAUGUAAACAAAGCGAAACAUGGCGAAGGCAGCACGUGAAUUAAUCACCCUUCAAAUCGGGCAUUAUUCUAACUUUAUUGGCACACAUUGGUGGAAUCUCCAGGAGGCUAGUUUUGUGUACGAUGAUUCAUCCACCACAGACAUCAACCAUGAUUUUCUCUUCAGGGAAGGCAUUACACCCCAGAAGCAAGAGACUUACACACCCCGCUUGCUGUCCAUAGACAUUAAGGGGAAUCUUGGAAGUCUACCUGUUGAUGGGUCUCUGUACAGCCCCCAGCGUAAUGAUCUCUCAAUAAAUGAGGCUUCGUGGCAUGGCCAUGUAGAGCUCAUAAAACAGUUGCCGGAGGAGAAGAAUGAGUAUCUGAUGGACUUGGAGAUAGAGGAUUCACGUUAUUUUACCCAGAGAGACGAAGACAAGGAUAUUUGCAUGGAUGAUGUUACCAAUGAGCAUGGAGCCAAAAGCAGCAGUCUCCCAGCAUCACAGAAGAUUUAUGACCUUUCAAAGUCCGUCAGAGUCUGGUCAGAUUUCCUCCGUCCUCACCUUCACCCAAACUCCUUAUAUCUCUUAGAUGAAAUGCUUCUUCAGAGUGGAAGAGCAGUUGUUGAAGGGAGUCAUAGUAACUACGGUUUCUUAGCAGGAGCAUCUGUUUACCAAAGGGAAGAUGUUGAAGAUGGAAUUACUGAUAGAAUAAGAUUACUGGCAGAGUCUUGUGGCAGUUUACAGGGUUUCCAGAUUUUAACAGAUGUUCAUAAUGCAAUGGGAGGAGUGAGUCAGGGGGUUCUGCAGCACCUAGAAGACGAGUACAGCACUAAGGACUUCAUAACCUUUGGCAUAACUCCACCACACCUUAAUCCACAGACUCCACAGGCGAGAGCUGUGAUACAAGCUACUAUUGCACAGUCUUAUUCGGAGAUGAGUUCAUUAUCAGGCGUGUUCGUGCCUCUGAACUUGAGAUCACAUUGUUUGGACCUCCAGGCACCUGUUACCAAAUGGCCCCACUUAAAUAUAGAGGCAAGAGAAAACAACCAGUAUUUAUCUAGCAGUGUAUUAGCAGCGUUCUUGGACACGAUGAGUCUCAUUUACCGUUCCCGCACUUCUCCCCUGCCAGUAGCACAUAUAGUGGAUGUUUUAACCUUUGGUGGACGAAAGAUUGCUGGAGGAAGCCUGGCUCUACCCUAUGGACUUGGUGUGGACGAUUAUCUGUUUGACUGGGUAAAGGGACACAAGCCACACCUGAUGUCUGUGAGCAGUGGUUGUGAUAUCACUGUUGACCCAGUCAGUGAAGUGCAGGUCAUUAGAGGUGUUCAGUCUUCAAGGCUAGUUAGUCCAGACACAAGACUACCUCCUGGGGUGCACUAUACAAGUGCAGCUCAGCUUUACCAGAGCUUCCUUGAGGAGUCUGAGACACCACCAAGCUUGCGUUUCAUAACCAGUUUGCGAGACCCUUUGAAGGUCAGCACACCAUUUCCUUCCAUCUUCUCUGGAAAGCUCUCAGAUGAUGGUUUGCUUGUACCUUCUAACAGUUCUUUUAGUGCCACAUCAGUUAAAAGCACUCCCUGUGGUGCUGGGCUUCAUCAGGGAGGAAGCAUAGGCAUCCUCUUGGAACAGCUGUUAGGGAGUGCCCAGAAUCUCGAUGUGAUGAAAGUGCCGCAGUUGAUAGACGAAGGCUUGGACAAAGAAGGAUGGUCAAGUGUACUGGAAGAAUUAAAGAAGCUAAAACUCAACUAUUGUCAUAACAAUGAAGAAAUGGAAAGUUCGGACGAUGAUUGAUGUGGUUCGAUAGUUUAAUUUUGUUUCGGUAAUUGCUCAGAUAACCAUUAAAGAAAAUUUAUUGUCUCACAGGCUUAACUAAUAUACAGCAGACUUUAUUCGAAUAUUGUAUGGUUUAUGAUGCUCAUAAAACUAAUUUAAAAUAAAUGGUCCUGAAAUUAUUUUAAUGUGCCUUUAUUAUAUAUCAAGUGAACAUAGCAUUAUCAUCAUUUUUUAAAUAUUAAAUAUUUUAUAUUUGAGCACACUAAUAAAAUUAAAGGCAGGUCUUUAAUAAGUAUGAUGUAUGAUCUCAUCUUUCCAUGAUAUGACAAGAUUGUAAAUACUUUUUAUCCAAAAUACAAAAAAUGUAAAAAUACUGCACAAUAAUAAAAGCUGUCUAACAGUAAAACAUGA